AUGGAGAGUCUCCUCUUCCCACUCAGCAAGAGUGGUCGUACCUCCGUCACCGGCAGCUGCUCAGAGACGGAGUAUUUGCAGGAGCUGGAACGCAUAAACAGUGAAAUCAGUGGAUUCGUGCCUAUAACGGCAGUAAAGACGGACGCCGAGGAGCCCUCAGCCUUGACCAAAACUGAGACUUCCGCUGCGGCGGCGGCGGCGAUUUCUAAGCGACCACUUGCUUCCACGGUAGACAACCAACAGUGGAGACCGAUUUCUAUGGAGGAGGCGACAGCGGCCAAAACUGCUAUGGGAGCAGCGCAGUAUGCUGGAAACGAACAUGCAGGGAACGCGCAGGAGGACCCCUUCCUAACAGAGGAAUACUAUUAA